GUUUGACAAAGCCUUCUGAGCCCCGGGCUAGAAAAUUAUUUUUCAUCUGGCUUCUAUUACUGAAGUUCAUCUGUGUGGAGAAUCUAAUAAAACUCCUUAAUGGCCUGGGGCACGUACUGCUGGGUUCUGAUGGGGCUUUUAGGUGUUCGCUGUGAAGUAACCAACCCAGCAGAUAAGCUGUGCACUGAGCUUAUUGCUAACAGAAGCUAUACUUGUGAAGGGUUAGGACUGACAGAAAUUCCGGGAAAACUGCCUUUCACAACCAAAGAGCUUGAUUUCAGCUUUAACCUCCUGUAUUCCCUUCAACACUCCAUGUUCGGCAAGCUGACAGACCUCGUGUAUUUAGAUUUAACAAGGUGUCAAAUUAACUGGGUAUAUGAUGGCGCCUUUGAAAGCAACCUUCACCUGGAGGCUAUUGUUUUGACUGGAAACAAUCUUCUGUUUCUAGCAUAUACAGCAUUCAAGGGACCUCGUUUUCUGAAGCAUCUUGACCUAACCCAAACAGGGCUCACUAGUUUGAAAUUUAUCCCAAUGCAGGGCCUGGAUAACUUGGAGACCCUUCUACUAGGUAACAACUACAUCCAAUCACUAGAGCUGCCACCACAGUUUCCAACUAGGAAUCUCAGAUACUUGGAUUUUCAAAUGAACAUCAUACAAAGAAUAUCAGCUACUGAUAUAAUGUUAUUAAAGCAAACCAAAAAUCUGACUCUUAAUCUUAUGGGCAAUUCUGUUAUGCACAUUGAGCCAAGAACUUUUAUGUCAAUUUUUUUCUACAGUUUGGAUUUUGGCAGCUGUGCUGAUGUUUCAGUGAUCUUGGAAGGGUUGCAAGAUGCCAAGACUGUCAUUCUUCGACUUGGGACCUUUCUGGAUACACAUGCCCUUCCCAUAGGCCCUGCCAUGCUGCAGGGCAUUUGCAAUAUCUCUGUAGACUAUCUUACUUUACAAUAUCGUACUUUUGAGCAGCUUUGCUCUGACACAUUCCAGUGCUUGACCAAGCUGCAAAAGCUAGAUUUGACCCACACUUCCCUUGCUGAACUACCUACUGGCCUUUUGGAGAUGGAAGCACUGACAGAAUUAAAUCUUAGUGAGAACAAAUUUGAAUGUCUUUGUAAAAUCAUGUCUUCUGCUUUCCCCCACCUUACCCAUCUAUACAUCAGAGAAAAUAGAAAGAGUCUGGAUUUGGGCUCUGGAUGUCUAGAAUCCUUGUCAAAACUUCAACAUCUUGACUUGAGCAGGAGCCUGAUAGAAAGCUUAGGCUGCUGUGGCAAAGAGUUCCGUGGCCUGAGCAGCUUGCAACACCUCAACCUGAGCUACAAUAAUCAGCUUUUGUUAGACGGCAAGGCCUUUAGUGACUGCACUAAUCUGAAGGUUCUGGAUCUCUCCUUCACAAGCAUUUUCACCAAUGCCUCCCAAGGACCCUUUUCCAAUCUACGUUGUUUGCAGAGCCUUAACCUUUCUUUCUCAGGAUUUGAUCCAAAUUUCAAGCACUUCCUUCAAGGUCUGGAGAGCCUCAUUGUCCUGAGCAUGAAUGGAAAUUAUUUUGAAUCUGGGACCAUCCCAAACGACAACCUCUUUCAGCAAGCACCCAAUUUAGAAGUAUUAAGUUUAUCUUCCUGCAAACUGUUGACUAUACAAGCCAAAGCAUUUUUUGCCCUUAGGAAGCUCAAACAUGUGGAUCUGAGCCUCAACAAUCUGAUCACAUUCAGUUCGGGUGCAUUUCCCAAUCUCAAGAACAUUUAUCUUAAUUUUGCCAAUAAUAAUAUCAGUAUUAUCCCACGUGAUAUGUUGAGUAACCUAUCUGGCCAGAGUGUAAUCAAUUUAAGUUACAAUCCACUGGAAUGCACCUGUUCCAAUAUUGGAUUAUUAACUUGGUACAAGCAGAACAUAGAUAAAAUUGAAGACUCUGAAGAGACUGUGUGCUCCAAGCCCAAAUCACUAGCAGGUGCUAAACUCUUCUCUGUAAAUCUGUUCUGUGGGUAUAGCACUUCCAGAGUAAUAUUAUUUAGCUUUGUUGUGGCAGCAGUGAUUGUAGUGACCUUCAUUUUGAUUGUGAAAUUUUUAAAAAGGAAGUAUGAACACAUUUAAGCUGUUGAAGAAAGAAAAGUACAUAAGAACUUCAUCAAAGAAGAAAUAAAUAAGAAGUAAAAACCGUAUUCUAGUACCACACUCUUUUUUCUGUUCCUCUUGCGGUCAAAAUUGCACUCAUUGAUUUCAUCUUGACAUGAGACAGUGUGGCUGGGGAAAGGAUUGUGUUGCACACUUGUACACCCUACACCUUCAUUUGCUGAAGUGCUACGAGACCACCUUUUGCCAUUCCAGAUCGCAGCUGGAAGGAAGGUGCUUCAGCCAAGAGUGCAGUGAGGUGAGGCAGGGCAGGGCUUGCUCCUCUGAAGCGUUUGUUUAUCUAU